AUCCUACGUAGUGUCGUCGUCAACAGCAGCUGCAGCAGAGGCGCAGACAGACCCACAGACAGACCUACAGACAGCAGCAUCCUCCGCGCGAGGAGCCGGACACAAAGGCUUGUUGUGUAACUAAUUGAGGGCUUUAGUGUUGCGGUGGUCAAAUGCGUAUUAGAGCCACGGCUCGCGGCUGGUGUGGGUUCGAUCAUUAAGACAUUCCUGUGCGGAUAAAGGGGCGAAUCGCGCAGAAACAGAGAGCGUAGCAGCUUUACAUAAUAAAGUGCCGAGGUUUUCACGUGAAAUCCCUCUAUAUAAAGCGACCGAACCUUCAGCCAGAACCGAGGAAUAUCGUGAGGAGCAGCGCGCGGGGCAGAGGAGGAGACAGCGAGUGAAAAGUGAAGAGACAGCAAGAGUUGUUGUUGUUGUUGUUGUUGUUGUUGUUGUUAUUGUUGAGGUGGUACGCCAGGCUUCAUCAUGGUCUCGUCUUACCCGCUGCCUGAAGGCUUCUCCGAGUUUGAUGUGUUCUCCCUGGGAUCGUGCCUGCUCGUGGAGGGGCUGUUGGGAUUCUUCCUGAACGCGGUGACCAUCGUUUCUUUCUUCAAAAUCCGGGAGCUGCGGACGCCCAGUAAUUUCCUCGUGUUGAGCCUGGCCAUGGCAGACAUCGGCAUCUCCAUGAACGCCACCGUUGCCGCCUUCUCCAGCUUUCUAAGAUACUGGCCCUAUGGCUCUGAUGGUUGCCAGACACACGGUUUCCAGGGCUUCAUGACGGCUCUGGCCAGUCUGCACUUCAUCGCUGCUAUCGCCUGGGACCGCUACCACCAGUACUGCACAAGGACAAAGCUUCAGUGGAGCAGUGCCAUCACUCUGGCCAUCUUCAUCUGGCUCUUCAGCGCGUUCUGGUCUGCCAUGCCCCUCUUCGGCUGGGGAGAGUACGACUACGAGCCCCUCCGUACCUGCUGCACCCUGGACUACAGCAAGGGAGACAGAAACUAUGUGUCCUACCUGAUCCCCAUGACCAUCUUCAACAUGGUCGUGCAGGUGUUUGUGGUGAUGUCCUCCUACCAGUCCAUCGCACAGAAGUUCAAGAAGACUGGAAACCCCAGGUUCAACCCUAAUACUCCCCUCAAGACUCUGCUCCUGUGCUGGGGUCCCUACGGCAUCCUAGCCUUCUACGCUGCUAUCGAGAACGCCACUCUGGUCUCCCCCAAGCUAAGAAUGAUGGCUCCUAUCUUGGCCAAAACCUCUCCAACCAUCAACGCUUUCCUGUACGCUUUGGGCAACGAGAACUACAGAGGAGGCAUCUGGCAGUUUCUUACCGGAGAGAAGAUUGAAGUGCCUCAAAUUGAGAAUAAGUCCAAAUAAACUAAGCAUGUGAUACUUUAAAACUCUGCUCACUGUCCUGGUUUCUGCAAGGUACCUUCUGUAGAUGUAUUUUGUUGUGCCUGUGUUAGUAGAAAGUCAUUGGUUUGUACUGUUCAAAACGUUAGCGAAAAUGAGAAAUGUAGUAUUUCCCAUCAUGGUAGUAAAUCAUGCAAAAUGUGGUAAAAAGACUGAGCACAAAAUUAGUUAUUAUUAAAAUUAUGAAUAUUUAAAGUACUCAAGUUACACAAGUCAAACUGAUUAAAUAUAAAAUGCAGUAUUUUGGGGAAAAUUUUGGAAAGGUAAACAGAAGGAGCAAGACAAGACGAAGAUGACCAAAUGCAUGGCUAUAUAUUUGGAUAUCACAUUAAAAAAAAAGUGGUGGAAAAGCAGAAACACAGAGGGAACUACAUAACCCAUAAUCCUUUGCUCCAUUUCAGUGUGAUAUACAGCUGUUACUGAAUGCUUUUUCAAUUUAUUUAAACAUGAUAAUAAUUAAUGCAUGCUAAUCUGGGUAUUUUAAGAAGAAUGGGUUCCCAAGUUUUGACAAUUUGAGUUUAUCAACAAUAUAAGUCAAUAUUACACCACCAAUGAUGUUAAAAAUUUGAAUAUUGUUGUGUUGAUUUUAUCGCAUAGGCUACUUAAUUAAAAUAUAGUAGAAAGCUAUGAUUCAAAGCUU